GUAAACGUACGGUCGCGUUUAUUCACAUUUUGCGUAUUCAUUAUUCAUCUGUAAGUCUCUGGCCUAAAAAACAUUAUUUUGGUUUAAAAGUAGAAUUUUUAAAAAACUAAUAUCUUCGCUAAAACUACAAAAUAUAUAACCUAUUUAAUGUGGACAAAAGAAAUAAUUUUAAGAGAGAAAACUAAAUAAAAAUAAAAGCAAGACCAAGAUGAUGGAAGUUAAGCAAAAUACUGCCGUCGAUUUAAAUGAUUUGUUGACAUCACCGAAGAGUAGCGGUACCGAUGAAGUGGAUGAUGGUGUAAUGUCCGAUUUAACAGAUAGAACACAUGAUUUGGUGAAAUGUGAUUUAAUUAAAGCGAAUGAUAAAAUAGAAAAUUCCGCAGAAUUAGGAAAUGGUGAUGCUGAAAUGGUAUCCUUAAUUAGCGAUGUAGAUGUUGAUGCCGAUUUAAAUGCCUCAGUUAAUACUGAACUGGAAGAUGCUCUUUUAGCGGAAGAUGAUGUUAUGCCCAAAAUCACAAACACUAAAGCUCUUGAAGCUACAUCAUCGCCAACUGAUGACAUUUUGGCUGAUAAAGUGGAAACAUCAAACUCAACAACCAGUUCAAAUAAUGUUCGUGAUCCUGGUGAUGAUUUGGACACAUUAUUGUCCAAAAUAAAUGAUAUUGUUGAAGAUUGUAUUGACAAUGAAAACGAGAAUACUGUUAAUAAUACACUCAAAUCAGAGCAAGCCAUAAACAAAAUAGCCGAAACUCAAAAAGAGAGCAAUUUGCCUGAGAGUAUGUUAUUUGAAGAAGAAUCUAAAGUAAAUCAUGAGUCGUCUGAUGUGAAAGGAAAAGAAAUAUCCGAAGACACUACUGAGCAAGCUACCAUAGACAAUGAAAUUAAUUCAUUGGAGCAUAGUGAGGCAACUAAAAAUGAGACAAAAGAAGAAACCAAGUCCCCAAAUUUGCCGACAGCUACGCAAGUUCUUGAAAAUAAUAUAGGAGAGGUCAAGGAAGAAAAUAAAAGGUCAGACAUAGACGAAAACGAUACUUCGGUAGCAGAAACACAACUUGACACUGGUAAGGACAGCAGCGAAGAAAAUUGCUGUGACACUGUAGUAGAAGAUGAUUAUCAAAAUCAAGAUAAGACUGAAGAGUUAACUGCAGAAGCAGUUCAAGACAAUGAAAUAACCUCAAAUAGUAAUGAACUUUUAGAAGCUGUAAAAACACCCUCACCACCUAAAGUUGAUGCUGAUAAAAUGUCCAGUACAGAAGUCUCAGAUACAACUGAAAUUAAUGAUGUCCCGCAGAAUACUGAUAAGGCAGUGGAUAAUACAGAAACAACAACAUCACAAAUUGAAGAUAAGACUUCAACUGAAGCCAUUAAAACAUCCGGCAGUGGGGAAAAUUAUGAUUCUGAUGAUGAAAUCGUGUUUUAUGUUGAUAAACCUCCAGAAAUAGAAGAAUCCAAAGAAACGGAAACAAAAUCGAUGGAGACUGAUACGGAAACAAAAACUACAUCAGCAACCGAAAAUUCUACAUCGCAAAAGGAAACACCAUCUUCACCAAAGAAAAUUGUUGAAGAUGAUGAUGACAUUGUGCUAUUACUGGACGAUGAAGAUGAAGAAGUUGACCAAAUCAAAAAUGAAAAAGAAAAAACUGAAGAAAAUUCGUCUAAAAAACUAGAAGAGCAGCAGGUAGCCGACGAAGCUAAAAUCUUCAAAGAUCCUAAUGCCGCAGUAGAGGCAAAAGAUAUUAAUAUUGACAAUUCGGAUAAUGCGCGAGAUGAUUUUCUUAACGAAAACUCAAAUGAGAAUGAUAAGUCUGUGGAAAAACCGGAAGUAACUGAAACACCCGAUGAAACCAACAGUAAUUGCAGUAGUAGCAGUAACCUUUUGCAGGAGGCAAAGUCCAUUAAAACUUCAGUAGAGGAACCAGCACCCGAAGAGCCUGAAAAUGAAGAAGAAGAGGAUGAAGGCGAUGUGGAGUUGAUUGAAAGUGAACUGAAGGCAACUGAAACUUCGGAAAAGUUAGAAGAUUCUGAAUCGUCACCACCAACUAAACGCAUACGUUUGAGUGAAGACAGUGAACAAUCUUCAAAGACUGAAGAGUCAAGUAAUGAACCAAAAGAUGAUGCCUCCCCAAAGGCUAUGGAAAAUAAAAAAGAAUCUCAAGAAACAAUGGAAGAGGAAAAGAGCUCUGAAGAAACUUGCUCUACCCUUAAGCGCACCCAUGAUGCAAUUGAAGUUGAAGCUGAGGAAAAAUCAAAUGAUUCAAAGGUUUCCAACGAAGGCGUUAAUAAGAAACCCAGAACGGAUGAUUUAAAAGCUGAAACUGAAGACUCUUCAGAAAAGCCGGUAGAAAUUAAGGAUGACAAAUCCUCUGAAGAUAUUAAGCCUGAGGAAGAUGAUAAAAAAGAUAUUAAGGCAGUUCCAUCCUAUCAACCCAUACCCUUGUAUCCUCCACCUAAAUUUCAAGUUUUGAAGUCUGAGCCUGCAAUAAGCCUAGACUUUUUAAAGAAAUUCCGCAAAUCUUUUGACAACAUGACCAAACAAGAUCUUGAAGAGUUAGUUCUACAAAAAGUCGUUGAGGCCAUUAUUCACAGAAGUGAGUUUUCCGAAAUGCGCGAACUAAUCGAAAAACAGGAGAAAUUAAUUACGGCCCACAGAUCGAAGAUUUCCGAACUCUCAAAACAAUUCCGAGAUCUGGAAAUGGUGCACAAUCGUGUGGUCAAAGACAUAGAACAGCGUAACUCACAAUUCAUAAUGCCAGUAAAAAUUACACGUGCAGUGGGUCUCCAAGUGUAUAUACCUAACAAAAAGUCUAUAACAGAAACAGCUUCCAGUAGUACAGGCCCCAGCAAUGUUCCCUCGUCACCACAACGUCCCGUCUCGUCACAAACUGUUACUGCUAGCUCGACAUUAACACCACCACAAAGGCAAUAUAUCUCUUCACAAACAGAGACACAGCAACAACAACGGCCGGGACCUACAUCAUCCGCUGUACCCGCUAAUACGGCUAAUGUUCGUAGAGGUUGUGUGCAAAAAAUUACACCGAUUCGUCCAGUGCCUGGUUCCAAUCAAUCAUCGUCAUCAGCUGGUCCUACAACUGCUCCGGCAGCUUAUCGUAAUACUGCAACACAGCCAAGGAUAUUGAACAAAAAUGCUACGCCAAUUGUAAAUCCUACAUCCAUUCAAAGGUCACGUUAUUUGGGUUCAAAUCAAGACGGUCAACGUAUCCCAUCACAACAACAAAUUUCCAGACCCCCAAGUAUGCCAGCUAAUAGUCAACGAGUUGUUGCUAAUGCUGCAGCACAACCAAAAUCCUCCACCAACGUUACUACGGCGGUGCAGCGUCGUUCCGAACCCAUACCGCCAUCUGCCGCUGCCAGUUCGUCGAGUUCGAUUGUGGAUAAUUACAUAAAUACAUUGACUCAUCUUACUGGAGGCAAUACGGCGGUUAGCAUAACACCUGCCAAACCAAAAGAGAAAGCCGUUAUAGAUUUGACUGAUGAGGACGAGACGCCAGGACAAACACCAAGUGUUCAACCUGCCACUCAAGUGCCUGUAACUCAGGUGCCACGGCGAAGUUUGCCUGGGCAAAACACAGCAAAUUCGCAACUACAAUAUGGACGGGCAGCACCUCCUUUAGCACGCAUACCUCCCGGCAAUCAAAUGGCCAAUAAUAAAAAUCGACAAUUGUCUUCUUUGCAAGCUCAAAAGAGUGGCUCAUUCACAUCUAUUAGCACACCUCCUGGUACUAGUAUAACUCGUAUUAAUGUGCCUCCAAAUGCCACAAGUGUCCAGCGAGUGAAAUAUAGUCAUCCAGCACCAUUACCCGCCACUCCUCCACAAGCAUUUAAUCCUGCGUGGAAACUGCCGCCUCCCCGGCCAACAAUACGCAUUAGUAAUCUUGACAACGGCAUUGUUAUCUCUUGGACCAUGGAGGAAUCUAUGGAUCGCCAUGCAGAAUGUGUAAGUUAUCAGAUUUAUGCCUAUCAGGAGACCUCUGGACCACCAAUGGUCGAUUCAUGGCGUCAUGUCGGCGAUGUUAAGGCUAUGCUCCUACCUAUGGCUGUUACCCUUACCCAGUUCCAAGAGGGCCAACGUUACUAUUUCGCCGUGCGUGCUGUCGACUGUCACCAGCGGUUUGGACCCUUUAGUUUACCCAAAACUUGGAGUUAAAUUAGUUGAAUGCAUCAUACACACACACAUACACACGAGCUCCUUCCCUUUAUAAUUGUAUCAGUUUUUAUUUUCUUUUUUCAUAGUUUUUAGUUGUUUUUAAACUACUCGCUUUUAGUUUCUAUAAAUAUUAAAUUUUUAACCUUAUUUCUACAGAAAAAAGAAAGAAACAAAAAAAUACUUUAAUUUUGUUAAUUUUUAUUUAUAUUGAAAUCACAAACCAAUCCAACCCAUUCAUUUUUUAUACGCACAUCCAUUUCCAUGAAUAAAUAGAAAUGUAAGAAUUCUUAAUUAAUACAACACACACACAUAAAUACGUAAACAACUUUCUCGUAAAUUCAUUCAAAACAACAACAAAAUAUCGCCAAGUGCAAACCUCGUUAGAUCGAAAGAGGUUUCGUCGCUUAAUCCAGAAUAUUUUAGUUUUUAUUGAGUAUUUUUACUGUGUAGUCUUAAAUUAUACUCGUAUUAAUUAUUAAUUAAUAUAUUAAAAUAUAUAUAAAUUAAUACACAAUAAAUAUUAUACUGUAAGAAACGUACACAUACACACAGACAUUUAGAUUUAAAAAUGUAAUUGCUGCUAAAUCUUUAAUUAAAUUAUAAUUAAUUUAAUGUUAAAUAUGAAAUACAUAUUAUCAAAAUCUAAUAAAAAGCUAUUCCCUUUA